CAGCCAGCAGGCACAACGCUGCACGCUGAGAUUUCAAGCAAGAAAAGCAAGCCACGCAACGCAGCCCCUCCCAUUCUUCGCCAACAAACACGGAAACCCCCACGGCCCCACCCCAAUACCACCUCCCUCCGGCCUCCGCCCUCUGCCCAUGGCCGGCCGCGUCCUCCUCCGCGCCACCGCCCUCGGCCUCGCCGCCGCGGCGGCGGGGUCCCUGCACGCCGUCUCCAGGUGGACGCCGCCCAGGGAGCUCUCUCCCUUCGUGCCGUCCGUGAGGCUCAUGCUCCUCGAGUCCGCGCAGGGCCUCCAGGCCGCGCUGCUCGGCGCGCACCCGCUCUCCGGCGCGCACCUCCGCGACGUCCGCGCCCGCGCCGAGCGCGACCUCGCGCUCGCCGACGUCGACCGCGCCGAGGGCGGCGACCCCGCCGCGGCCGCCGAUCUCCGUCUCCUCCUCGCGCUCCUCGCCGCGCGCGACGGCCGCGCCGACGAAGCCCUGCGCCUCUACGAGGAGGCGGCCCGCGACGCGCCGUUCGACCCCCGCCCCCGCGCCCUCGCGUACCACCUCUGCCUCGCCGACGGGCGACAGGACGAGUCGGUGCGGUGGAGCGCGGCCUACCGCCGCCUCGUCCCGGUGAUCGAUGGCGAGAGCCUGGUCCCCGGACUGGAGUCCGACGAGACGCGGCAGCUCGUCCGCGAGCUGUUGGUCGCGGCGACGCUGGGCGGCGUGUGCGGCCUCGGCCACCCCGAGGACAGGGCCGUCGUCAUGCGCGUGGCUUGCGGCGCGGUAGACCAGGGGCUAGUCGCUGCGCUGCAGGACAAGGCGCCGCCAGCGACAGAGAGGCUUCGUCUCCGAGCUCUCCGCGUGUAUCUGCACGCCAAGGUGCGGCUUCUCAUCGAGAAGGAGGCACAGGACAUGGCCGCCGGUGAUGCGGAGGCAUCUCCUGUUUCAUGAUGAGGUUGACAUAACCACAAAAGUCGACAGUUCUUGUUUUUUCUGAAGUACCUGAUCACAAGUUACUAUGGAGGUCAUGUUCGAUGCAUCAGCUUUAAGGUUCUAGAUUGUAAGAAGAGAUAUUCAACUAGCAGUUUUGUUAACCACAGAAGCUAGGUUACUGCUUCAAAAGAAUGUUAAUUCAUAUACUGCUCAAAUAGAAUUUCCUGCUACAAGGUGAUAUGCUCGAAGUUGACUGUCAAUUCCUUUCAGGCAUUAGAGAUCAGUUCAUUUUUGUUUCCUGCAGCUUACUGGUGAUAUGCUCGAAGGAUGACUGUAAUAUUUCCUAGGCAUGUAGCCCUUAUUCACUAUGGCUUUUAUUUUCUCAAAGAUUAUGAGCUGGAGAUACGAUUACCUUUUACGCAUUGGUAUGCAAGCUAUUAUAACCUCCCAUCUUUGCA